AUGGUUGUGCUCUCAGGAGCCUUCCCAAAGGAACCCGACCGGGACCCCUGGCUCAGGCAGGCGCACUCGCCCGCCUCCCUCCCGCCCGUCUUCCUCUGCCUGGAGAGGCUUCUAGGAAGACUCCCCGGAGGAGGGGGCGGCUUGGGCUGCGGCAGAGGCACUUUCGCUGACAGCGGACGGCAGGCCACGGCCGCCGCCCCUGCCCAGGACGGAGGCGGCGGCCGGCCUGAGCUCCAGCCCAGCUGCCCGCGGCGCCGGUUGUCCAGCUGGCCGCGGGCCUCACUCAGCGCUUCUCCCGCUUCCUCCUUCUUCGCAGGGGUUCGGCCGCCUGCGGCAGAGAUGGAGCCGCUGGCCGCCGCCAGUCAGCUGGGAGCCGGGCGCGAAUCUGGCUCCUCCUCCUCCUCGUCGGCUUCGUCCUCUUCCUCGUCCUCGCCCCACUCCAAGCAGGAGCUGCAGCCCUACGCCGGCUCCAGCCCUCUGAAACCCAACCAGGUCGGGGAGACCUCCCUCUACGGCGUCCCCAUCGUCUCGCUGGUCAUCGACGGGCAGGAGCGCCUCUGCCUGGCGCAGAUCUCCAACACGCUGCUCAAGAACUACAGCUACAAUGAGAUCCACAACCGUCGGGUGGCGCUGGGCAUCACCUGCGUGCAGUGCACGCCGGUGCAGCUGGAGAUCCUGCGCAGGGCCGGCGCCAUGCCCAUCUCGUCGCGCCGCUGCGGCAUGAUCACCAAGCGCGAGGCAGAGCGGCUCUGCAAGUCCUUCCUGGGCGAGCACAAGCCGCCCAAGUUGCCCGAGAACUUCGCCUUCGACGUGGUGCACGAGUGCGCCUGGGGCUCGCGGGGCAGCUUCAUCCCGGCGCGCUACAACAGCUCGCGCGCCAAGUGCAUCAAGUGCAGCUACUGCAGCAUGUACUUCUCGCCCAACAAGUUCAUCUUCCACUCGCACCGCACGCCCGACGCCAAGUACACCCAGCCCGACGCCGCCAACUUCAACUCCUGGCGCCGCCACCUCAAGCUCAGCGACAAGGGGGCCACCGACGACCUCAGCCACGCCUGGGAGGACGUCAAGGCCAUGUUCAACGGCGGCACCCGCAAGCGGACCUUCUCCUUGCAAGGCGGCGCGGGCGGUGGCGCGGGCGGCUCCUCGGCGGCCAAGAGCUCCCUGCACCCGCCGCCGCCCUCACCGGCUGACUUGGCCCCGGUGCACAAGAGCCUGCGCUGCAGCGGCGGGGCCGACGACCCCCCAGGGGCGGAGCGAGGGGGCCUGGGCUUGCCCGCGGGUGUGCACGGCCCGGCCGCAGCCGCCGUACGAAGCUACCCGGUCAUCCCGGUGCCCAGCAAAGGUUUCGGGAUGCUGCAGAAGCUGCCCCCGCCGCUCUUCCCGCCGCCCUACGGCUUCCCCGCUGCCGCGUUCGGCUUGUGUCCCAAAAAGCAGGAAGACUCACUGGGCGGGGCCGGCGGCGGCGAUCCGAGCAAGGCCGGCGCCCUGACGCAGGGCAUGUUCUGGGGACCGCCGCAGCCGCCGCAGCCGCCGCCGCCGCCGCAGCAGCCCAGCGCCGCCGCCAAGGAGGGCGGCGUCUACCCUUCCUUCCCCAUGUUCUGGCCGGCCUCCGGGAGCCUCCCCGUGCCGCCCUAUCCCGCCCAGAGCCAAGCCAAAGCGGCCGCCACAGCCGUGGUGGUCGCUGCCGCCGCCGCCGCCGCCGCCGCCGCCGCCGAACCGCUGGGACUCCGCGGCCCGGGCCACGUGGACCUGGAGGGCUCCGAGCCGUCGGGCAGCGAGCGGAGCAGCGCCACCCCGCAGGAGGGCUCCGGCGCUGCCGAGGGAGAGCGCUGCCCCAGCGCCCUCUCCAGAGCCGCGGCAGCCGUCGGGGAGGAGGACCGCUCCGGCGACGAGGCCCUGCUGGCGCCGCUGCCGCUCCCCAGAAAGGGAAGCUACCUCUCGGCCUUCCGCCCGGUCGUGAAGGACGCCGAGAGCAUCGCCAAACUCUACGGGACCAGGGAGGCCUACGCCGGCCCUCGGGGCUGCCCGGGCUACCUCUCCCCGGACUUCCUCAGUGAGGGCAGCUCCAGCUAUCGCUCCCUCUCCCCCGGGAACGAAACGGUGGGCGAGCCGGAGGUGGACGUGGAGUCGAACCGCUUCGCGGAGGACGAAGACGAGGAGGACGAGGCGCCUGUCGGAGACAUUCAGCAGUCCCCGCCGCCGCCGCCGCCGCCGCCGCUGCUCUUGCCCGAGGCGGAGGAGUCUCUAGCAGCAGCCGCGGGAGGAGGCCUGGCAGCGGUGGAGAAGGCGGCGGAGCCGGAGGAGAGUCCCUCAGAGAGGACCAGCAGCCGGGGUGGCUACGAGGUGCGCGGGCCUCCGCCGAAUGGGGGGUGGGUGUCUUCUACCUGCUCCUCGGCGGAGGGGCCUUUCAGUACCACGAACAGCUCCCGCCUCAGCCGGCUGCGGGAAUCCGUGGUGGGGGCAGAGAAGGAGAGCCGUGACGGAGAAGAAACUGGGGAGGAGGGAAAAGCCAGUGAAGGUCGGGGGGUUUUUCUUUCCACCGAAUUGCCGAAAACGGCUCAGAGGCAGCUCCGAAGAGCAAGCGGUCCCCGGUUUGGCCUCCCUUCGAGCGAGGAGCAUCUGAGUUCGUCUUCUUCGUGUCCUCAGAUUCCCGGCCGUGGUGGGACUUCCCGGGGCUCCGCGCGAGAGGGCCGCGAGUCCUGGGAUGCGGAGGCCUAUCCUUCGGGGAGGGAGGAGUGUCCGCAAGCGCUCAAAGCCGGCGCCUCCCUGGGCCCACCCAUCGCCCCCUAUCUCUGCGACCCGGAGAAAAACGACCCAGACCACGAAGACAAUCACUCGGCCGCGGAGGAUGUGGAGAGCAGGAAGCCCUCCCCAAGCCAAAGGAGCGUCUCGCAGUCCAGCCCGACUCACGCCGAGCGAGGCGAGGAAGUGACCCUCCUCGACGUCACCGGGACUCAGUUGGGAGAGAAAGACCUCGGCGCUCUGGCAAGAGACGAGUUGCAAAGACUCCUCCAGGAGCAGAUGGAUCUCAGGAAGAAAUUGGAACGGGAAUUUCAAAGCCUCAAAGAUAACUUCCAGGACCAGAUGAAGCGGGAGCUGGCCUACCGCGAGGAGAUGGUGCAGCAGCUGCAGAUCGUGCGCGAUACCCUGUGUAACGAACUCGACCAGGAACGGAAGGCCCGCUACGCCAUUCAGCAGAAACUCAAAGAGGCCCACGAUGCGCUGCACCACUUUUCCUGCAAGAUGCUGACCCCUCGCCACUGCGCCGGCAACUGCUCCUUCAAGCCCCCCUUGUUGCCCCAGUGA